CUUCAAUGCCUCGCCUGCGAAUCAUCGAGUUAGGUAUCUUGCCUGCAGGUGGGGUUGCAGUACACUAGACGUCCACUGUGUCCUCGACUCCUAGGUAGUACCUACUACCUACCUAAACUGUACACCGGUGUCAGCAGGUGUUCGUUCCGAUUCGAGGACGUCCAGCUCCAGCUUCCUGACCCACGGCUGACAUCUCGACAACCACUCAUCAAACUUCCAUCCGUCUCAUCAUCCAUGUCCUCGUCUCCAUCCUCGUCGCCGUCGUCCGCAACGUCGCCAUGGCCCUCGCGCGCCUCUUGCUGGGCCCGGCCGGGCUGACCCUCCUCCUCCUCCUCGCCGCCGCCGCCGCCGCCGCCUUCAUCGUCUCCCGGCCCCGAGGACGCCCGCCGCUGCCGCCCGGCCCGCCCGGCGAGCCCGUCUUGGGUCAUCUCCGCGUCGUCCCCGCCUAUGGGCCCGAGUACGCCUACAUGCGCUGGUCGCGCGAGUACGGCUCCGACGUGCUGUUCUUGCGCGUCCUCGGCCAGCCCGUCGUCGUCCUCAACUCGGUCCGCGCUGCCGUCGACCUGCUCGACAAGCGCGGCGCCAACUACUGCGACCGCCCGCGCUUCGUCCUCUUCGAGGUCAUGGGCUGGCGCAAGACGCUGACCUUUCUGCCUCACGGGCCUGACUUCCGCAUCCACCGCCGCAUCUUGCAGAGGAGUUUCCAGAAGGGCAGUAUCGUCCAAUACCAGCCGCUGCAGUGUCGCGAGACGGCCAUCAUGCUCAACGGCUUCCUCGAGCGCGGGCCCGCCGGCUGGGACCAGGCCCUGCGCCGCUUCGCCACCGCCGUCGUCCUCGGUAUCGGCUUCGGCAUCACCGUCGACAGCGACGACGACCCCUUUAUCCAGGUCGCUUCCGACGCGAGCUACGCUCUGGGCCAUGGCGGCGCCCCGGCCGGCACCCCCGUCGACUUCUUCCCCUUCUUACGCUGGCUGCCGCGCUUUUUGCACGACCGCUCCCUCCGCUUUGCCAGUGACUGGGGGUGGGCCAUCCGCAACCUGCACGACCGGCCGUUUGAGGCGGUGCUCGCGACGCGGGAUCGCAAGCCCUCCCUCAUGGAGGAGAUGCUGGACCAGCGCGAGGGUCAGCUCGCACGGGGGGAGACGCCUGAGCUGACGCACGACGACAUCAAGGGCGCCGCCGGCGCCGUCUUCGCGGCCGGCCAGGACACGACAUGGGCGACGUUGCUCGUCGUCAUCCUCAAUAUGGUGCUGCGCCCGGAAGUGCAGGACAAGGCGCGGCGGCAGCUCGACGACGUGGUCGGGCGCGACAGGCUGCCGUCGUUUGCCGACCGGCCGCGCCUGACGUACAUUGACUACAUUGUGCAGGAGGCGCUGCGCUGGUGCCCCGUGUCGCCCAUCGGCGUGCCCCAUCGCUCGCUCGAUGAUGAUGUCUACAACGGCUACUGGAUCCCCGCGGGCUCCUUUGUGUACGCCAACGCGCGGGCCAUGACGCACGACCCGGACACCUACUCGGAACCGGACGUGUUCAACCCGGACCGGUUCGUGCCGGCGGACCAGGGCGGGCUGGGCGAGCCGCUCCCCAGCGGCCAGUUCGGCUUCGGCCGCCGCGUAUGUAUCGGCAAGCACCUGGCCGAGGCGAGUAUAUGGAUCGUCGUGGCCUCGAUCCUGAGCACAAUGCGCAUUGAAAGGGAGCGCGACGAGCACGGCAACGAGAUUGAGCCCGAGGUGGAGCUGACGCAGGGCCUGACGAGCCACCCAAAGCUCUUUCCCUGCCGCAUCGUCCCGCGCGACGAGCGAGCGGUUGCGCUGGUGCGGCGAGCGCAGACAUGAGCGAGCGAGCAAGCAAGCAUUUACGGUGGUAUAUUCCCGGGAACCCUUCUUGUAAAUCCUUGGUUGGGUCCUCCUUCGCAUCUGUGAUAUUUUGCUUAUAUAGUCAGUAUUAGCGGGCGUCUUGUCAAUCCUACAAAUUGUACGAAGUACUAGGUCUGCGUUCGAUACUGUUGUUGAUAGCCUUGGACGCGGUCAAUGGCGGUGGUAUGCCGGGCGACAUAUGGCGAGCAGACUGCAAGCUUGCAUUCGGCCCUCCCCCGCACCUCGUCUCCUCUUUCCGCAUUUUUAAGCAUACAUGGAACCGCGAGCU